AUGGCCGGGACCGGGAUCAGGGCCGAAUCAAAUGUGCGGCGCUUCUGCUGUGUGAUGUCUAUGUGCGCAUGGAUGGACGUCCCAGUUGCAAGCACAAUCGAGUCCGUACGGGGAACCAGAUGCCGUAAACACUGGGGAGGCAGAAGGAGGGAGAGGGAGAAUGGAGGGGGGGGGCAAGAGGCGGAGAGGCGGAGAGGAGGAGAGGAGAGGAGAGGAGAGGAGAGGCGAAAGGGAAGUGCCACUGGUAAACGGAAGAGUCGCCGCCCCCGCAGCAAGGGUAACGCUGGGACAGGCCGGCUUGUUGGAUAUUUGCCCGUGGAACUCCUGAAGGGAAGGGAGGGACCGCACCGUGGGUACCGCACCGUGGGUGCCGCAAACUCUCUUGGAUAUGAAUCGAAGAAAAAAUGGCAAUACCAACACCAAUACCACAACGUACUCUCCUCCGAAGGCCACUUGGCCCCAGGCCCCAAAUACGCUGGAGACCAAUGUUUCGCAGGCCAUCCUGAGGCCAACCCGAACUGUGGGCUUGCUAACCCAGCUCGCGAGGCGCUGAUGCUUGCUGGGCUGGUGCUGGUUGAAACCAUUCUUGCCUGA